CAUGCGCAGCAGCCGCGCCGCCGCUCCAUGGCACAGGCGCGGUGGCGCCGUCCCUGCAGCCCGCGGGAGGAGGAGGAGGGCGGGGAGGAAGAAGAAGAUGCCGGGGAAGCUGAAGGUCAAGAUCGUGGCGGGGCGCCAUUUGCCGGUGAUGGACCGCGCCAGCGACUUGACCGACGCCUUCGUGGAGGUGAAAUUUGGAAAUACAACAUUUAAGACAGACGUGUAUCCCAAAUCACUUAAUCCUCAGUGGAAUUCUGAGUGGUUCAAAUUUGAAGUGGAUGACGAGGAGCUCCAGGAUGAGCCUCUGCAGAUCACAGUUCUGGACCACGACACGUACAGUGCCAACGAUGCCAUUGGCAAGGUGUACAUAGACAUCGAUCCUCUGCUCUACAGUGAAGCAGCCACUGUCAUUUCGGGCUGGUUUCCAAUCUAUGAUACCAUUCAUGGUAUACGUGGGGAGAUCAACGUGGUGGUGAAAGUAGAUCUCUUCAAUGAUCUAAACAGAUUUAGGCAGUCAUCCUGUGGAGUCAAAUUUUUUUGCACCACAUCUAUUCCCAAGUGCUACAGAGCAGUGAUUAUUCACGGAUUUGUGGAAGAGCUUGUGGUUAAUGAGGACCCCGAGUACCAGUGGAUUGACAGGAUCCGUACUCCCAGGGCAUCCAAUGAGGCUCGGCAAAGGCUCAUUUCACUCAUGUCAGGUGAAUUGCAAAGGAAGAUUGGCCUGAAGGUGCUUGAAAUGAGAGGAAAUGCUGUUGUUGGUUAUUUGCAGUGUUUUGACUUGGAGGGAGAGUCUGGACUCGUAGUGAGAGCCAUAGGAACAGCCUGCACCUUGGAUAAAUUAAGUAACACAUCAGCAUUUUUACCUGCAUGUAACUCCCCAUCCAAAGAAAUGAAGGAGAUUCCUUUCAAUGAAGAUCCCAAUCCCAAUACAUAUUCAUCAGGACCCUCCACCCCUCUGAAAAACCAAACCUAUUCCUUUUCACCUUCCAAGUCCUACAGUCGACAGUCCUCUUCUUCUGACACAGAUUUGAGUUUGACACCCAAAACUGGAAUGGGCAGUGGGAGUGCUGGAAAAGAAGGGGGGCCAUUUAAAACUCUUUUAAGACAACAGACUCAGUCAGCUCUGGAACAAAGGGAAUUCCCCUUCUUUACCCUGACCACCUUCCCGCCAGGCUUCCUGGUGCACGUCGGGGGCGUUGUCAGUGCGCGCUCCGUGAAGCUCCUGGAUCGCAUCCACAAUCCCGAUGAACCAGAGACACGAGAUGCCUGGUGGGCAGAAAUCAGACAAGAAAUAAAAUCCCAUGCCAAGGCAUUGGGUUGUCAUGCUGUAGUGGGCUACAGUGAAUCAACCAGCAUUUGUGAAGAGGUCUGUAUUUUGUCCGCGUCUGGCACAGCGGCUGUGCUGAACCCUAGGUUCCUUCAGGAUGGCACCAUGGAAGGCUGUUUGGAACAAAGGUUGUCAUGGCAGCCUGGCUUCUUUUCCAUAGGGUCAGAGAAGGGAGAGGUUGAUUUUUUUCCUCAGAGCCAAGAUAGUUCUUCUCCAUUAGGGAUUGAAGAAGCUUCACCACCAGGCUGUGGAUUUUGCCAUAUCCCAUAUGAUGAACUGAACAUGCCUUUUCCUGCUCACCUCACUUACUGUUACAACUGCAGGAAGCAAAAAGUUCCUGACGUGCUUUUCACCACAAUUGACCUUCCUGUAGAGGCAAUAGUUGUUGGGAAGGGAUGUCUUAUUCAAGCCAGGUUGUGCCGCCUGAAGAAGAAGGCUCAGGCCGAAGCCAACGCCACGUCCAUCAGUAACCUGCUGCCCUUCAUGGAGUACGAAGUGCACACACAGCUGAUGAACAAGCUCAAGCUGAGGGGAAUGAACGCCCUCUUUGGGCUCAGAAUCCAGAUCACUGUGGGGGAGAACAUGCUGAUGGGCUUGGCAUCUGCAACAGGCGUGUAUUUAGCAGCUCUGCCAACACCUGGAGGUAUCCAGAUUGCUGGGAAGACUCCAAAUGAUGGCACCUAUGAGCAGCACAUAUCCCAUAUGCAAAAGAAAAUAAAUGAUACAAUAGCAAAAAACAAGGAGCUUUACGAGAUUAAUCCUCCAGAGUUACCUGAAGAAAUUAUUGGGUCUCCCAUCCCAGAGCCAAGACAACGUUCCAGGCUGUUGAGAUCUCAGUCAGAAAGCUCUGAUGAAGUUACAGAGCUUGACCUUUCACAUGGAAAGAAGGAUGCUUUUGUCUUGGAGAUUGAUGACACAGAUGCAAUGGAAGAUGUACAUUCUUUACUGACAGAUGUCCCACCACCUUCUGGUUUUUAUAGUUGCAACACAGAAAUUAUGCCUGGUAUAAAUAACUGGACACCAGAAAUUCAAAUGUUCACAGCAGUUAGAGUGUCCAGAUUAAGCAACAUUAACCCAACAAAUCAAACACUCAAUAAGAACUUUAAUGAUCUCUGUGAGAAUCUGUUGAAGAGUUUGUAUUUUAAACUCCGGUCCAUGGUUCCCUGCUGUCUGUGCCAUGUCAACUUUACAGUUGCUCUGCCAGAGGAUGAAUUAGUUCAGAUUGCAGUCACUGCUGUUGCCAUUACAUAUGAUAAAAACCAAGCACUCCAAGCCAACAAAGCACCUACAGAAAAAUCACAGCAAAGAGCAUCUACAGACAAUGAAGAACAGCUACAAUUUCCCUUGGAACUUUGCUCUGAUCCCCUUUCUUCUCAACCAUUCUCUCCAGCUAAAGAAGUCCUGGAGGGUGCAAGUUCCCACACAGGUAUUCCUGCUGCUCAGAGAGUGCUGAAGUCCCACUCAGGCAGUUGGUUCAGAGCUGGGACAUCACCAGAAAUCGACAGAUGCAACAGCUGGAUAGAGCUGAUUAAACUGAAAGCUCAGACCAUAAGGCGCGGAUCAAUUAAGACAACGACUUCCCUUGAAAAAGCAAGUCCACUGGCUGAGGGGUACUUACGGCACCGUUCUGUCCCAUCAUGCACCAAUUCCACUGUCUCAGUUGUUAAGAUGACUCCUCUUUCCUUUCUCCCUGGGGCGAAAAUAACCAAAUACCUUGGGAUAAUCAACAUGUUCUUUAUACGAGAAACCACUUCUUUGCGUGAGGAGGGUGGUGUCAGUGGUUUCCUGCAUGCUUUUAUUGCUGAAGUGUUUGCCAUGGUGAGAGCUCACGUUGCAGCUCUGGGAGGGAAUGCAGUUGUGUCAUACAUAAUGAAGCAGUGUGUCUUCAUGGAGAACCCAAACAAAAAUCAGGCUCAGUGUUUGAUAAAUGUCAGCGGUGAUGCCGUCAUCUUUGUCCGUGAAUCUGAGCUGGAAAUGCUGCCAGUGCAGCCCUCUGCAGCUGCUCCUCAGCCCACGAGUGCUGCAGGAGAUGUCACAACAUGAAGGCAGAACAAAUGAAGGAGUCUCUGCCAAAUACAAAGAUUAUUUAAAAUGUGGGAAUGUUUAGGUUUGCAUCUUCAAAGUCACAAUCUCUCCAUGACCUUCACAGCCAAAAUCCAAGACAAUCACUCUUUUUUUGUUGUCGUAUAACUGUCCUAGGUCAGAGCAGUGAACUGGCAGGUGUGCUCUGGCCUCUGUGAAACCAAGCCAGGUGAAACACUGACAGGAGAACAUGGAUUAGAACAGCAGGCACCACGUGGGACUGUGGAAGGAAGGAAAAACUGCAUUUUUGAGCUGUUCAGUGGGACCAUCAUGAGCUGUCAUUGAGAAUUUCUGAGUGUGAGUGGGGUCUGAGCUGAUCCUCAGCUCGGGUCACAGUGGGAGGGAGGUGCCUGAGAAGUCUGUGUUGGAAACCUUUGAGGGAGAAGGGAGAGAUUUGUGUGCAGGCCAAGAAAACACGGGCUGGACUCUGAAUUUCCUUUACAUCAUAGAGUGUGAAGAGGAAAAAGCAGUACCAAAAAGAUACAGUUUGAAUUUCUGCACAUUAAAAGUUGUUUGUUUGUUUUGUUGUUUUUAUGUUUGGGGGUGGGAGGUGUUGUUUGUUUUUUUAAAUUGGUUUUUAAAAGCUGCCAGACCACAAUGCUGUGAUCCUGGGCAUCCCUGUGGUGGGACAAAAACCAACUCAGAACACAACAAAAAGUCCCAGGGUGUGUCUGGUGCUAUUACAAGAUGUUCACUUCAGUAUUGACAAAGCAAAUCUUUUUGUUAUGUAAGACUUUGUGAAAGAAUUGUCCUGAGGUUCGUUUUCUUAAGGCAGGAUCUGUUUCAAGGAUGACAUAAACAGUCCCCCAAAAAUCACUUGUGCAGAGGUUAUUCUGCAGCCUCCUUCCUGUUUAAAUGCCUGGCUGAUUGGAGAUUGAUGUGUGUGUGUGGUUCCUGCAGGUUGCUUUUGUGUUUUUUGUUCUUUUCCAGUGCUGUAGCUGGGAAAUAAGGGUACUGCUAAGACAGGAAAUUUGUCAUUUCCAGUAAAAGUGUGAAAGGCAGUGAUAGUCUAUUGUAAAAAAAAAAAAAAAAGAAAGAAAGAAAAAAAAAGUCCAAAAAACCUUGAUUUGAAGAUGCAUUCUUGCUUCAUUCUGACAAUAUUGUACAUGGAACUUGAACAAAGAUGUAAACUUGAAUGUAAAUAUUCUGUUUAGUGUUGAAAUUAAGCAAUGGCAUGAUUAUUUGUUAAAACUAAUUAUUUCAUUGUAAAUGAGCAUGAAAAUCAUCCUUGCACAAUAAAUCUCUUUCUAAAA